UUUUUUUACAGUUUUGUUCGCUUAAGUUUAUUGGAUCUAAUAGAGUGGCGAAGUGAACUCUGGAAAAAACUAGUGUGUGGAAAAUUCAAUUGUGCAAAAACCGGAAAAUUGUUAGUGAAAGGAGAAAAGGAAGAAGCAGAACACACAUGCCUACUGGAUUACGUUAUUAAUUAGCAGAUUAUUGUCGAAAUCUUUGGGGCGCUAAAACUGAAAAAUUGCUUCCAGCUGCUGGAGGAGCUUUUAUCGUCAUUGAUUGCUGUUGCUUGUUUGCUGCUGGUGCUGCUGCUGUUUGUUACCGGUUCAGCGAGGAGAGAUACAGAGAAGAGCAGAACGCACUCACCAGCUUCGGCUCUACAUAGAGGGAAGACUUCCUCCCCGAUUGCGAAAGUACCCCCGAGCACAGCCACACAGUAGUGUGAUCGCAGUUCGCAGACCGAGACGGCCAGGUUGUGGCUCGGCCGUGGGCAACAUACUACGUGGGUGGUGCAGGAAUCGUCACCAUUGGGCAGAAUCCGGCCGUGGCGUGUCGUCAUCCUGUGUGUGAGUGCGUGGAGUAGGCGGCCAGUGUCACCACUACGAUGUGGGACUCCCAGCUGGUAUGGGCUCGGGACUCCCAGGCGGGAUACAUUCAGGGCCGAAUAUCGGAAAUCGGUGCCCACGAGUAUGAGGUGCAACCGGUGGACAGCAAACAACCGAAGCGGAACUGCAUCCUGGAGGAUAUCUUUCCGUCGUGCGAAGCGGUUUCCGAUCACGAUGAUAACUGUGAAUUAAUGUUCCUUAAUGAAGCUACUCUGCUAGAUAACAUCAAAAACCGAUAUUAUAAGGACAAAAUCUAUACUUACGUAGCCAACAUCCUCAUAGCAGUCAAUCCGUACAAGGAGAUCCGGGAUCUGUACUCCAAGAACACGAUCAAGCGGUACAAUGGCAGAUCGCUCGGUGAGUUGCCACCGCACGUGUACGCCAUCGCCGACAAAGCGAUCCGUGACAUGCGCGUCCUCAAGGUGUCCCAGUCAAUCAUCGUUUCCGGUGAAUCGGGCGCGGGGAAAACCGAGAGUACCAAGUAUCUGCUGAAGUACCUGUGUGAUGCCGCGGCGACGGCGGGACCGAUCGAGCAGAAGAUUCUGGAUGCCAAUCCGAUUCUGGAGGCGUUCGGUAAUGCGAAAACCACGAGGAACAAUAACAGUUCUCGGUUCGGGAAGUUUAUCGAGGUGCAUUAUGAUAGCAAGUGUCAGGUGGUGGGAGGUUACAUUUCCCAUUAUUUGCUGGAGAAGAGUAGGAUCUGUACGCAGAGCCCGGAGGAACGAAAUUACCAUGUGUUUUACUUGCUGUGUGCGGGAGCGCCGCAGCAGUUGAGGGACAAGCUGAAGAUCGGGAAACCCGAUGACUAUAGGUAUUUGUCAGGGUGUACGCAGUAUUUCUCCACAGCCAAUACGGAUAGGAAAAUUCCGAAUUCGCAGAAGUCGCGGGAUCACAUGACGAAGGGAUCGUUGAAGGAUCCGAUCUUGGAUGACUACAAUGAUUUCCAGGACCUAGAUCAAGCGUUGACGCGAUUGGGGCUUUCCGAGACCCAGAAGUUCGAGAUUUAUGGAUUAGUCGCGGCGGUUCUACAUCUAGGUAACAUUCACUUCGAGGACAAUCCGGAGGAUGCCAAAGGAGGUUGCCGAGUUUCGCAAAACUCGGAGAAGGCGUUGGCGAUUACGGCAAAUUUGAUCGGGCUGGAUUCGUUCGAACUGCGACAAGCUCUGGUUUCCAGGGUGAUGCAGAGCAAAGGUGGUGGCAUCAAGGGUACGGUCAUCAUGGUACCUCUGAAGAUCUACGAGGCCAAUAACGCCAGAGAUGCUUUGGCGAAGGCUCUGUACUCGCGGCUGUUCGAUCACAUCGUGUCGUUGAUCAAUCAGAACAUUCCCUUCCAAGCUUCGAGCUACUAUAUUGGCGUCCUGGAUAUUGCUGGAUUCGAGUACUUCACGGUGAAUUCGUUUGAACAGUUCUGCAUCAACUAUUGCAACGAGAAGCUGCAGAAAUUCUUCAAUGACAACAUUUUGGCGGCUGAACAGGAACUCUACAAACGGGAAGGUCUCAACGUGCCGGAAAUCAAGUUCACCGAUAACCAGGACAUAAUCGAAUUGAUCGAAUCCAAGGCGAACGGCAUUUUCAACAUCCUGGACGAAGAGUCCAAACUGCCGAAGCCUUCGUACGCGCACUUCACGUCCGAGGUGCACAGCGCAUGGCAGGGGCACUUCAGGUUAUCGCUGCCACGUGCUUCGCGCCUGAAAGCCCAUCGAGUGCUGCGCGACGACGAAGGGUUCCUGGUGCGCCACUUCGCCGGGGCCGUUUGCUACAAUACGAACCAAUUCAUCGAGAAGAACAACGAUGCUUUGCAUGCCUCUCUCGAGGGACUGGUGCAGGAGUCGGAGAAUUUCCUUCUGAAGCGGUUGUUCGUCAAUGGCAAAGCUCCCUCCACCAAGGGCAAGUUGGCUUUCAUUUCCGUUGGAUCGAAAUUCAAAACUCAACUGGGAGAGCUGAUGGACAAACUGGAGAAGAACGGCACAAAUUUCAUCCGCUGUAUCAAACCGAACAGCCGCAUGGUGGACCACGAGUUCGAGGGAGGUCUGGCGUUGGCACAGCUCAAGUGUUCCGGCACCACGUCGGUGCUGGAGCUGAUGGAGUACGGCUACCCAUCGCGAGUGCCGUUCAACGAGCUGUACAACAUGUACAAGUCGUAUCUGCCGCCGGAGCUGGCCAAGCUCAAUCCGCGUACCUUCUGCGAGGCGAUGCUGCACUCGCUCAAGCUGAACAACAAUGAUUUCAAAUUCGGCAUUACCAAGGUGUUCUUCCGGCCGGGCAAGUUUGUCGAGUUCGAUCGGAUCAUGAAAUCGGAUCCGGAGAACCUGCGGGCGAUCAUUGCCAACGUCAAGAAGUGGCUCGUCCGUUCCCGAUGGAUCAAAUCGGUCUUCUGUGCAAUCUGUGUGAUUAAAUUGAAAAACCGCAUCAUUUACCGCAACAAGUGCGUACUGGUGAUGCAGAAAACGGUCCGCGGCUAUCUGGCCCGGAAACAGCACCAACCACGCAUCAAGGGCAUCAUCAAGAUCAACGCAAUCAAGUCAAACCUGAGCAAGAUGCACGAAAUUGCGAACCAGCUAAAGUCCGAGCGGGAAAACAUGCUCAAGCAGGUGACCGACGUUCAACGGACGAUCGAAGCGGCCGUAACGAGGAUCAAGGGCGAUCCCAAGAUAUCCGCUGCGCAAAUAGACGGUCUCUAUGGGGACAUCAUGAACAAACUGGACAAUCAGAUGAAGACGAUCCAUCUGAAGCUGCAGGAACAGCGAAACGCCGAAGAACAGGAGCGACUGCGGAAGAUCCAAGCCGCUUUGGAGGCGGAACGGAAAGCCAAAGAAGAAGAGGAACGGAGGCUACGGGAAGAGGAGGAGAACCGAAAGAAGAAAGCCGAAAUGGAAGCUAGGCGUAAAGAGGAGGAAGCUCGCCGUUUAAGACAAGAGGAGGAAGACCGGAAAGCAGCCCUGGCAUUACAGGCCCAGCUGGAAAAAGAAGCCCAAGAAGACAUCCAGUACCGGCAACAGUUGGAACAGGAACGACGCGAUCACGAACUGGCGCUCCGGCUGGCUCAGGAGUCUAACGGACAGGUCGAGGACAGCCCACCUUUGCUGAGAAACGGUACGCCAGAAGUUACGCCUUUGGGUAAUCCCAACAGACUGAUCAGAUCUGAAGCGAUCCGUGCCCAGCAGCAGUUGAUCGAGAAGCAAAAGCACGACCUUUCCAAGUGGAAGUACUCGGAGCUGCGCGAUGCGAUCAACACCAGCUGUGACAUCGAGCUGCUGGAAGCGUGCCGGCACGAGUUCCACCGCCGGCUGAAGGUGUACCACGCCUGGAAGGCAAAGAACCGCAAGCGCACCACCAUGGACGAGAACGAACGGGCCCCGCGCAGUGUGAUGGAAGCCGCCGCACGAGCUCCGCCAAGGUUGUCCCAGAAGCAGGAAAUCACCACCGGAUCGGUGCAUCGCUACUUCCGCAUUCCGUUUGUGCGACCGAGCAACAACCAGGAGGACAACAACAAACGAGGCUGGUGGUACGCCCACUUCGAUGGUCAGUACGUGGCCCGCCAGAUGGAGCUGCACGCCGAUAAGCCACCGAUACUGCUGGUGGCCGGGGUGGACGACAUGCAGAUGUGCGAACUGAGCCUGGAGGAAACCGGGCUGACGCGGAAGCGUGGCGCCGAAAUCCUGGAGCACGAGUUCAACCGCGAAUGGGAACGGAACGGGGGUAAGCCUUUCAAGAAAGCAGGUAAAUAGACCAUUCUAUUUAUUUUUGGAAGUUACGUUUUGAGAGGAAGUGUAUUUUAAAUUAGUUAAUUACCUACCGAGUCAGAAAGCCAGCUUUCUGAAAGGUUUGUCCGAUAGUUCGGUUGAACGACGAUAAGCAAAUUUAUAUACUUUCGAGUGUCUUGUGUUUUGGUGCCUUUUGGAAUAAAUCAAAUGAGAAAUCUAGAAGAAAUAGGUUACAUUCCGGGUGUUUCAAACAGUUUCAAUUCUAGUGUGAGUAUUUCCACUUUGUUUCUUGCAAUAUUUUUCAUCUUAUGUUUUACAUAUUCAUAUUAUACCGUAUUAUCGUCAAUAGUCAGCUUUUUAAUUAUUUGAGUUAUAAGUACGAAUGACUGUUUUAAUUUAUGCUUGAUAUCAAUUGCAAAAAGUAAAGCAAAAAAUAUGCAAAUGGAGGAUAUUUUACAGAACUAAGACAGAGUAUAGCAAUGACGGUAGGAAUCGCUUUCGCUACCAUCACUAUUUAUUUGCAAAAAAUGGUAACACUAGAGUUGCAUAAACUUGACAAGUUUCCUUCGAAGACAAAUAUACGAAAAUUGCCGUCUAUAAACAAGAAAACAAAACUCCUAUUAUCCGUUCUAUAUAAUACUUGUUGGUGUCUGAGACCAUUUAUCGCAAGAGUGUUUAACAAAGACUUUCAUAGCAGAUAAGUAAGAAAAUGUCUAUUUUUACAGAGAUGGAUGAAACUGACUCAGUUGCAAAUCAUCCAAACUUACAUUCGAGAAAGGAACGCAGCGUAUUACUAGCAAAAGAAAAUCUAUAUAUCUUUUCUCAUAUAGCUCCAAAAUUGCAACCGUUAUAACUGCUACGAAGUGGAAGAAUGUAGUCCUGAUAAAACCCUGUAUUUCACACUCUAACAACAAUAAAAAAGUGCUGAUGAUUUUAUGACAAAA